UUUUGUCAUUUGCUACAACAAGUUUACAGAGCUCGCUGUUUUUGUCAUUUGCUACAUCAAGUUGUAAAGGACACGCUGUUUUUGUCAUUUGCUACAUCAAGUUUACAUGACAAGUUGUUUUUGUCAUUUGUGUUCUGUUACUGGAUAACAUUUCUGUGACUUCUAGAUGACGAUGGCGACCCCACCCCUACACCCCCAACCCCUAUUUCCCCGACCCCUGGCCGUUGUACCGUCACCAGCCCCGUCCCCUCCGACGCCGUCUAUGUUUUUCCCCUCCCCCUUUUACGGUGAAGACUACUUAAGUCCCUUCACACGUAACAGUGGCCUGUCCUACAUCUUCCCGUCCCUGUUCACACACCCUGGCCUGGGGCUGGCCCCACCCUGGGGGCCCCACGCCCUGCUCCCCUACCCUCGGGUCAUGGAUGACCAGACACCACCCCCGGCCCAGUGGCGCCACCCUGCGGCCUCCCCUGUGUGGUGCCGGGUGGGCUCCAGCCUCCCAGAGUCCACUUCCGGUCUGACCAAGACGUUUACUUCCAGUGACAGCAGCGCAGAGAGUACACCAGAGCCCAAAGCCAAGCGACGAUUCGACUUCUCGCGUCUGGCCGAGUCAGCCACGAGUGACCUUGAGGGUUGCCAGUCACCGGACUCUGUCUCGUCAAGCUCGAGCCAGGCCCAGGUCACGAGUCACGUGAUGGGGCUGGAGGAAAACAUCCGUCUGCUGCAGGAAAACUAUCGUCUGAUGGCCAACUCGACCUUCUUGGCCACCCCGCUUAGACACACCAUUUGCUCAGGGGACAAAAUCAAACUAAGAAGACCACGGAGAAGCAAGAAAGAGUUUAUCUGCAAAUACUGCGGCCGCCACUUCAGCAAGUCGUACAACCUGCUCAUCCACGAGAGGACCCACACAGAUGAGCGUCCCUACCCCUGUGAGAUCUGUAGCAAGGCAUUCAGACGACAAGACCACCUUAGGGACCACAGGUACAUUCACUCCAAAGAAAAACCCUUCAAAUGCGACAUUUGCGGCAAAGGCUUUUGUCAAUCCAGGACCUUAGCUGGACACAAGGUGACCCACAGUCAAGACUUGGCUGGACACAAAGUGACCCACAGUCAAGACUUGGCUGGACACAAAGUGACCCACAGUCAAGACUUGGCUGGACACAAGAUGACCCACAGUCAGGACUUAGCUGGACACAAAGUGACCCACAGUCAAGACUUGGCUGGACACAAGGUGACCCACGGUCAGGACCUAGCUGGACACAAGAUGACACAACAGCAUCAGUCAACUGACAGACGGAGCUUGCUGCACCGACAGCCUGACACUGGCGCCCCUGAUGUGUUGGAGAAAUAUGGCGCCCCUGAUGUGUCGGAGAAAUAUGGCGCCCCUGAUGUGUCGGAGAAAUAUGGCACCCCACAAAGCCCGUUCCCUCCCACAGAGCACAACGCCCCUGGCUCGGCUCUGGGCUUGUUUAGUGUCGACAUGAUCUUACGUACAAAUAGCAGCUCGAUCUCACGUACAAAUAGCAGCUCUAUCUUACGUACAAAUAGCAGCUGGCCUCAGGAGACACACCAGAGCAUGAAGCUAGAAGUCCCAGACCACAGCCAGUGACGUCAUCGAUUGAUUUGACAGCAAGACGAGAAGCCAUCACUUUGGCUCAGGAUUUUAACGGCUUUUGACUGGCCUCACACGGCUGAGAUUUCUGCCGCGUCACGGUUCUGUGACGUCACUGUUCAAUGACGUCAGGUUCUAUAGUGGAUCAAGCUGCUGAUCAGUUGACCUGGACAGUUGUGUUCACACCACGUGACACAGUUGUGUUCACACCACGUGACACAACAGAGAAAAGUUCUAUUAAUAGACAUCAAGCAUGCUACUUGCACAAAAACAAGGAAUUCGUGGACAGUCUAUAGACCCGGUGCUUUGUGCUAGUCAUGGUGUUUUUGUGUACAUUGUUGAUUUUUUGGUGUACAUUAUGUACAUAUUUAUCUGAUCACAUACUCCCAGUGCCUGCCCAUAUGACUGCCACUAUACAAGACUGUAUGUGUGUUAUGUAUGGCAUAAUAAAACUUGACACAAGUUCUGCCUUAUCUGUGAGACAUAAGCGCCUUAAUCAUUUGUCGAACAGAAACUGUAAUCAUAUUCAUGUACUGAUAUUUACUGUCAUCUUUUAUGUACUCUUUAUAUCUGACAUUAACCACAUUCUUCGUGUUAUUUUCAUGUAUUUGUACAUAGUCUUUUUACAAAAUAACAAAUGGUAUCAAUGUAUUUUCUUCAAAUUAUGCAUACAUUACAUUCCUCAUUGUAACAUAUAACAAAUAAUUACUACUGUAUUGCAUGUAUUUAUAUCAUGUGUGAUUAACAAAAAUAUA